CGGAAGGUUACGUCAUCAGUGUGCGCGCACUUAGCUGAGAGGAGGUGGCAGAUGCCUCUUCGAAACAACUCUGAACUGUUGUUCACCUACGAUCCGUUUUUCCUACCAUACUGCUGAAGAGCAGCUGUUGGGAUGCCAAAGAAGUUCCAGGGUGAGAAUUCAAAGGCGGCCACGGCCAGAGCCCGCAAGGCCGAGGCCAAGGCAGUGGCAGACGCCCGCAAGAAGCAGCAGGAAGAGGACGCUCUGUGGCAGGAAACUGACAAACAUGUACUCAAAAAAGAGCAGAGGAAGGAUGACAAAGAGAAAAAGAGGCUUGAGUUACUGGAAAGGAAAAAGGAAAACCAGCGACUUUUGGAUGAGGAGAAUGCUCGGAUAAAAGGCAGAUCCCAGAAGGAGGCUGCUUCUGGAGGAAAGGUGACCCGAGCCCAGAUUGAGGAGACGCUUCUUAAUGAGUCCCUGCAAGCGAAGCAGGAGGAACAAAAGCCAAAAGAAAAGACACACUUGGAGUGUCCGCUGGAGGAGAACAUAAACAGAAUUAUUCCUGAUGAAGGAACUGUGGAAGCCAGAACAAUAGAAGAUGCCAUCGCAGUGCUCAGUACCGGGCCUGAGGACGUGGACCACCAUCCAGAGCGGAGAAUGAAAGCAGCAUUUGCUGCCUAUGAGGAGGCCAACAUGCCCCGCCUAAAAAAAGAGAAUCCCAACAUGAGAUUGUCGCAGCUAAAGCAACAGCUGAAGAAGGAGUGGAUGAAGUCACCAGAGAACCCUUUGAACCAGCGCUUUGCAGCAUACAACUCAAAGUGAACGCACUCUUUUACCCUGGCGAUAACUCCAUUAAAAACUGGCUGCCUGUGCACAUUAUCUUGAGACUUCCAUUGAAAAUUGAAUAAUUCCAGUGAAAAAUGAUAACUCUUGAUGAGAGCUUUAGCACCAAUGGCCUAGAAAAUAAGUCUCACAAUACCAGAAGACUUUACUUUGUUUGAGUCUCUAGCAGGGAGAAGAUAAUUUUCCCCUAUCAUGGCCACAGCUUAUCUCCAUGUUUGUGCACUUUGCCAAUAAAAGGGCAAAUCAAAAGCUAAUUAAUAAAAUAAUAAUUCUUUCCAGCACUUGUGGGGAGGUGGGAGGCCAAAUGUUUUCAGAGUAACUUAUUAAAUUUCACCAUCUAA